AUCAAUCAAAAUUCAAAAGAGCGCUGCUAUCCGUCGCCGUCGGUACUCGUCUCUGCUCUACUUCUCCGAGCACAACACAUACUCUUCUUCAGUUCCGGAAGAAAACACCUGAGUAGCUAGGAUGGCGAGGAUGAUGUGUGGCCGCGCCGGCGAGCCGGCGGUGCGCAAGGGCCCGUGGACGCUGGAGGAAGAUCUGAUCCUCGUCGGCUACAUCUCCCAGCACGGGGAGGGCUCCUGGGACAACCUCGCGCGCUCUGCCGGUCUGAACCGGAACGGGAAGAGCUGCAGGCUGCGGUGGCUGAACUACCUCAGGCCGGGGCUGCGGCGCGGAAGCAUCACGCCGGAGGAGGAGAUGGUCAUCCGGGAGCUCCACGCGAGGCUGGGGAACAAGUGGGCCGAGAUCGCCAAGCACCUCCCCGGCCGGACCGACAACGAGGUCAAGAACUACUGGAGGACCAGGAUACAAAAGAAAGCACCCAGCUGCUGCCCGGCCUCCAUGGCGGUGAGCGAGGUGACGACGUCGUCUGUGUCGGCGUCGACGACGAGCCAGGCCAGCUCCACAGUGGGAGACGAGUACACGCAGACGAGCUUCGCUUACCCCGACCUGGGCUGGCCCGCCGCCGACCACCACGACGUGGCCGCCGCAACGACGCGGUUCUUGUCGGAGUUCAGCGACAACUUCUGGAGCGUCCAGGGCAACUUCUGGGAGGAUCUCCCGCCUUCAGGCCCGGGGUACGAAGCAAUCUCCGGCAGUGGAAGCACUAUAUAGACCCGGCGUACGAAGCAAUCUCCGGUAGUGGAAGCACUAUAGACCCGUCGCACGGCUGCAACUAGCUAGAUAUACAGAACGCGAGCUGUUGUUCUGUACUUGGAUACUUGCUAUUUUCAAACUUGGUUUUGGUAAUUCGUUUUUCUGGCGAGGUGAAGCCCUCCAUUUUCUGGCCUUCAGGCACUUCCUAGUUAAGCAGCUAAGCUAAAACAUGGAACUGCAUGUAGAACUGUAGAAGGAGAGUAGCACCUGUAACUACUUUUCUUCUGAAGCAUACAAUGUGCUGCUAUCUGUACUGGUACAACUGUGUACUAACACUACUGCAAACGGAAAUUUAACUAUAUAUGAGCUAUGGAAUGUGCAAGAAGUA